AUGAACUCAAACCCAAUUAACGAAGAACCAAUUUUACGUCAAGUUUAUUCUCACACGGAACUAUGUACAGCGACUCAUUCUACUUGUCCAGCAACAUGUUUUAUUAACAAUCUUACACAAAACGAACAGAAACUUUUGCACAACCCACCAUACACUCUAGCCACUUCAUACGAUAGUAUUCUCAAUCCCAUACGCAGGCGACGCAACAACAGCAACAAAAGAAACUUGCCGCCUAGACCUCAAAAUGGUUGGAUCUUAUUUAGACGAAAUUUUCAAAGCCAAGUACUCUCUGGAAGUCCUGGCAAGUCAAGUGCUCUCAACGAAAUUUCCCAAAAAGCUGCAAAAAGUUGGAAAAAUCAACCGAAAGAGGUCAAAGAGUAUUUCAAAGUUCUCUCGAAAUUAGCUUCAUACAAGCACAAAGCUAUGUAUCCGGAAUAUGUCUACAAUCCGAGGAAAUUCAAGAAUGGUGAUAGUUUUAUAUUUAAAUAUAUGGACAAGGAUAAAUUUGUGAAAAAUGGUAGCAGUAAUGCGAGUACGUCUAAGAAGGCAAAAAAAUCAAACAACCUGAGCGAAGGUGACCAUAUUGGCGUUAUGAGGAAUGAAGAUUAUUCGGAAAUUAACGACGAACAGCAGUCUAUCUUACCGAGUACUUUCCUUGACUUUCCAAACUUGUUUUCCGACUUUUCCGAUUUUUCCAUGUUUUCACCAAAUUAUUCUCCUUUCUUUUAUCAAUGUGAAUUCUACAAUGACAUUCGUAACGAUAACAUAAUUGCUGCUGAGCCGAUAAAUUACGCGGAUUAUGGGUUUGAAUCUUAUUCCGCUUAG